CUUUUUUCUUUACUACGACGUUUUUUUUUUAAAAAAAUGACUACCUCUCUAAGUCUAACUGGCUCACAACUGGUAGCUUACUUGACAAGGCCUUUGUGUCCUGAAGAAGUGAUCUGCGAAACUUGUACACGUAUAGGCGAUCAAGACUUUGAGCAGUGUCUAAAUAAAGACUUGUCUCCUCGCGUCUAUUUGAAGCUGGCAGUUAUGUUAAGCGAUAUUGAUUUACGAUAUUCACUUACAAAUAGUCAAGAAGACAUGGAAUGGUUAUGCACUAUGGCUAUCAAAAUAAGCACUGAUAGUACCUUAGCUUCCUAUGUUGUUGAAAAAUUACAUCAACUUUGUCAAGAGCAAAAGCAGUCUGUUAUGUUGGACCAAAUAUCACAAUACUUGAAAAAGCAAUCUUAUUUACACUAUCAUCGAGAAAUAAAAUUUAUUCAGGAGUGUCUCCAUAGUCUAAGGCCAAAUACAGUUCAAUUGAUUCAGGAACAAAUUGAAAAGAACAGUAUUAGCUUGGAAUCAUUGGUUAUAUCUAAUAUUAAGCUUUCAAGGCUUAUUCCUUUACUUGGUGUUGUCUAUGCAGACUAUGAUGAAUUGCCUGAUUUACCUUCAAAAUGUCAAGAAGAUUUCAUUCGAGACAACAGUAGUUUGCGUCACUAUUCCACUCAAGACAAAGGUACUCAAGAGAAGCCAUCAACUCAAAACACUUUGUGCAAUGCUAGCCAGGGUGAAUGGAGUAUUAGUGAAUAUUUUAUUCUUUCAGUACCUUCACAAGCUACGAAUUCGUCUCUCCCAAAGGAACAAAGUACAUGGUCAUUUAACUAUUCACAACCUGAAUCCCUUCACAAUGAUGAUAAUGACGAGGAAGAAGAUGACGAUUGCCCAUAAAUAACAUUUCUAUAAGCUCAGUUUUCCCAUUAAAGACAAAUGAUAUAUUAUGACUAAAGUAUUGUUGAAAUAAAAAUAAGUUUUCUAAAAGGA